UACGUUUCAGAUCUUAUCACACCCUCUUCCGUGAGAGCCACUGAAAACAGGCAGCGCUUUAAAAGUGAAAGCAAAGGCGACACUUAAUGGAGACGUUUAGACACACCGGGCAAACAGAUCAGACUCUCCUGCUGACUCAGAGACACGAUGCAGCACACAAGCUGGACUUCACUGGGCUUCCUCGCCCUGUUUACCAUCCCCACAGUGACUGAUGCUGUGAUGGUGAAGCUUGGACACAGCGCCACCGUUUCUUGUCAUCUGAACUGUUCUACAGUCACAUGGUGGACUAAAGGCAUAGAGGUUUUUCAGAUUUUUAAGAUUUUUGAGUUUUCUGAAGGGAAAUGCACUGUAGCUCCAGAAUUUAAGGACAGGAUUGAAUGUUCUGAAGAGAAGAUCAGAGGAGGAGACGUUUCCCUCACUAUAACUUCUGCUGUGUACAAUGACCAAGGCUGGUACUACUGCUCUUGUGACGGAAAGGACCGGUGUGAUAGGAGGAUUGACGUUCUAGUUCCUACCACCUUAAGUAUCUCUUUUGGAGGUAAGGCUACACUCCCUUGCUACGCUGAAACGGACAAACGGACAGUGGACUCCUCUGCCUACGUGCUGUGGGAAAAGGACGAACAGCAGGUGUUGAAGCUCGAGAAUGGAAAGAUGUCGUAUGGUUCUGGAUUUGAGCAGAGGGCCACAGUGUCACCAGAAAGCUACAGAAAGGGUGACCUCUCUCUGAUCAUCGAUCGUGUAAGAUUCUCUGAUUCUGGCUUAUACAGUUGCUCCCUUAAGGACGGAGGACACGGAUACCCAAACACAAUCUCUCUGGCUGUUGAAGCUCGUCAAUAUGUUCAUCAUAAAAAGGUGGGUCAAUCUGUCUUGCUGGAUCUAGUGGUCCUACCACCGGUGAUGGUGUAUUCUAAGGAAAGUGACGCCACUGCAGACUCCUGGAUGUGCACCAGGAUGAAAGACGCUGUUCAUUGUAAGCCAGACUACGAGCAGAGAGUCUCUAUCGUGAAUAACUCUCUCAUGCUAAGUAAACUGACAGUGGCUGACAGUGGAACAUACAUUGUGACGGAUGUCAAAUCUGGUGAAGUCGUGGCCAUUCACAAGCUUGCAGUCGCUGGUUUACCAUCACACAAGAUUCCAGUGAUUACUGCCUCAAUAGCAUGUGUUUUUGUGGUACUUCUCGGAGCACUUCUGUGGCCCUGCCAUCAAAAGCAGCGAAAGACAGAAAAGGAGAAAGACCUGACUGAACUUGUAGACAAAUAUGUACAGCUCUCCAUUCAGCAAAGUGAACGUGAGCUGCUGCAGUAUUCUCUAAAGUGA